UUGUACAGCAGCACAGUCCAUAAACAGAACUGAAUAAUAAAGAAGAACCAAAACUUCAUAGAUUCAAUACCAAUGGAAGAAGAAGAAGAACCAGGGUUAGCAUCUUCUUCAUCAUCAGACGGUGAAGAACAACCCACGUCAUCACCAUCAUCGUCGAUUUUCAACCGAGAUUCCCAUGUAGCUUACUUAGAGAUGAUGUACGAGAUGCUACCACACUAUUACCAAUCGCAGGAGAUCAACCGUCUCACACUCGCUUAUUUUACGAUCUCCGGUCUGCACAUCUUAAACGCCCUCGAUCGAGUUGAUAAAGAUGCUGUUAUCAAUUGGGUUUUGUCAUUUCAAGCUCACCCUGAAGAUGCAAAUCAAUUGAGUAAUGGACAAUUCUAUGGCUUUCAGGGUUCUCGAUCUUCUCAGUUUCCUUCAACUCGUAAUGGGGUUUCGAUUCACAAUCAUAGUCAUUUGGCAAGCUCAUAUUGUGCCAUUGCUAUAUUGAAGAUCGUUGGAUAUGAUUUGUCGAAUCUUGAUCCUAAGUCAAUAUUAAUAUCAAUGAGAAACCUGCAGCAACCUGAUGGCAGUUUUCUUCCUAUCCAUAUCGGGGCAGAGACAGACCUUCGUUUCAUAUACUGUGCAGCGGCCAUCUCUUCUAUGUUGGAGGAUUGGAGUGGCAUGGACAAGGAAAAAGCAAAGGAGUACAUCUUAAAAUGCCAAUCAUAUGAUGGUGGAUUUGGGAUGAAUCCUGGCUCAGAAUCUCAUGGUGGCGGGACUUUCUGUGCUGUUGCAUCACUUCGGCUAAUGGGAUUCAUUGAAGAUGAUAUUCUGUCUAAGAGUGGAGCAUCUUCGAUCAUUGACCUUCCAUUAUUGUUAGAAUGGUGCUUGAAGAGGCAAGCGACGGAUGGUGGAUUUCAAGGUAGACCAAACAAGCCUACUGAUACAUGUUAUGCAUUUUGGGUCGGAGCAGUUUUAAGGAUUUUAGGAGGCGACAAGUUCGUUGACGGGAAAGCAUUGCGUGGGUUUUUGAUGACUUGUCAAUCCAAGUACGGCGGUUUCAGUAAAUUUCCAGGUGAACUGCCAGAUAUAUAUCAUUCCUACUAUGGAUACACAGCAUUCAGUCUUUUGAAAGAGCCUAACCUUAAUCCACUCUGCGUUGAGCUUGGCAUAACCGAUGUUGCUGCCUUAGGAUUCUUGAAUUGAUUUUUAUUCCUUUUCUAUACGCCUUUGUAUACCGGUAUAUGUAACAGUAUACUGUAUAUUCAUUUUAUCCGAUUUCCUGUUUGAACUUUGGGAAGAAAGGAAUUGGGGUUAUUGAUUCUGGGAGUCAUUGUACUUUCUCAAAGUUGCAAAAUGGUCACCGAACAAUUUUUUGUUCCAAAAUGGUCACUGUACUUUGUGAUUAGUAACUUCCGGCGAUCACCAAAUGAAAUCCGGUGACUUUUGUCCUAUGUGGAUUGCCGGAAGCUUACUCACACCUUCCUCUUUGUCAUGUUAUUGUCGAUAUCACUUUUAUUUUUCUACAUCAUCAUCUUCUUCCCUAAUUUUUUAAACAUUUUCCGGCAAAAAGAAAGGUGUGAGUUAGCUUCCGGCAAGCCACAUAGGACAAAAGUCACCGGAUUUCAUUUAGUGAUCGCCGGAAGUUACUAAUCACAAAGUACAGUGACCAUUUUGGAACAAAAAAUUGUUCGGUGACCAUUUUGCAAUUUUGGAAAAGUACAGUGACUCCCAGAAUCAAUAACCCAAGGAAUUGUUUAUGACUUCUUGAAGUCGUAUAAUAGUUCCCUUGCAUAUCUGAUUACCAAAGCGUACAUUCGGUUCAAAUUGAAUCAAUUAGUUCUUUUGUUUGGUAC